AUGCUAGCAAUCAAACAAAAGGAGAGGCAUUCGACCAUCCCCUUUUCAGUCAAUAGUGGUGCGACAAAGCGAGACUGGGAUGAUUCACGGUGGUCGGCGUGGGGCGAGUCGUGGCCAGGGCUCCGUGGUGGUGUGCGCUACUUCAUUGAGGGUGACCGUGAGGGGAGAAACGGGUUUGGUUGGGGUGUCACGGUGGUGGCUAGGGAGAGGUGGCGAAACCGCAGCAACUCAAGGCGCUGGCCAUGUCGCGACCAGUUUGAUGGUGUAGGGUUAGUGGCGGUGAGGGGUCAGGCACGGUGGCUCGGUGGUGGUGCGACCAUAGUGGCCCCGAGCAGCGGUUCACAGUGA